AUGCCCACUCAAGAGGAGACAAAGAACCUGGAGGUUAUCCAGGAGUACUUCACUGAGUACUGGGGCAAAGGCAAUCCUGAGAUCGUCGACAAGCUCUGCGCUGAUGACUUCGUCAUCAACUACCCAAUGCAUGGUCCACGAUAUGGAAAGGAGAAUGCCAAAAAGAUGCUCUCGGAGUUCAAAGAGGCAAGGAGAUCCAUACAAAACAUCUCGUUCCAUGCCUACCAGCACCCGCUGAUUGCAAGCGGGCCGUAUGUGGUCGGUCGUUGGAUCGGAGGCGGUACUCAUACUGGAGUUGCUUUCCAUGAUCUUGCCGUUGGCGCGUUGGAGAAGGCCAAUACGGGCAAGAAGAUGUACUUCUCUGGUACGACUAUCUUCACACUCAAGGAUGGGCUUAUUGUGGAUGAAACCGGAGAGGAGGGAGCUUUGACGGCUCUUCAGCAACUUGGUCUGGUUCAGCAGCCGAAUCCCGGAAAGGAGGUCAAGUACCUUCACGAGUAA